AUGUUACCCCAAGCACAGAGCGAUGCGCCUGUCGCAGGGUCUCUGCAUGACACGCGACCAGGAAAGAUCGCCGGUCAGGAUGUGGAGAAGCAGCCCCUGUUACAACCUUCGUCGGCGAUCAAAGAACAAGUGUCGUGGUUGAGUUCGCAGCGCCACCGCUGGGAAGAUACCAGGAAUAUGCUUCAUUUGAGAAGAUUUGGCGUCUUAGCCAUUACUGCUUUGCUACUUAUAAUUACAAGUGUAGCUCGCGCCCAGAAACCUUCAAUAGAUCAUCCACAUCACCACCCAGGAGGUGAAAAAGAGUGGAAUGAUGAGCUCGGCUCGGGCAAGCUAGGGGCUGUCGCAAGUGAAAGCUCCAUUUGCUCACGACAUGGAACGGAUAUGUUGAAGAUGGGUGGCAAUGCAGCAGAUGCUAUGGUCGCUGUCCAGUUUUGUGUUGGGGUCAUUGCCAUGUACCACAGUGGAAUCGGUGGAGGCGGCUUCAUGCUUGUGCGAGCGCCUAAGGGUUCGUAUGAAUUUAUUGACUUUCGCGAAACCGCACCAGCCGCCGCAUUCGAGGACAUGUUCUACACGAAUGUGGAAGGUUCCAUGCAUGGAGGAUUGGCAAGUGGCGUUCCUGGAGAGGUCCGUGGUCUUGAAUAUCUGCACAAGAAUUAUGGCUCCUUGCCCUGGUCGACUGUUCUGCAGCCAGCAAUUCGCACUGCCCGUGAAGGCUUCCCUGUUACCGAAGACACGAUGAAGUAUAUGAAGUCUGCCAUUAAGGACGGUGUAGAUCUCCUUACUACUAACCCCACAUGGGCCUUGGAUUUUGCGCCGAACGGAACUCGAGUGGGCUUAGGAGAUACGAUGACGCGGAAGCGACUCGCCGACACCCUCGAGACUAUUGCCGAGCAAGGUGCAGAUGCUUUCUACACCGGCCCUAUCGCUAAGACUAUGGUCAAUGCUCUGAAGGCGCAAAAUGGAACGAUGACCUUGGCGGAUCUCUGCAAUUAUACCGUUGCCAUCCGCGAUACCGCGCAAAUCGAUUACCGUGGAUACACUGUCACAAGUACAACUGCACCUUCAAGUGGAGUUGUUCUGUUGAGCAUUUUGAAGAUUUUGGAUGGUUAUAGAGACUUUUUCAAAACAGAUAAAGCCGUGAAUUUAAGCACUCACCGAAUGGAUGAGGCUAUGCGCUUUGGCUAUGGCCAGAGAUCGAACCUAGGUGAUCCAUUAUUUGUGGAGGGCAUGGACGAGUAUCAAAAGAAUAUGCUCAACGAGUCGACUAUCGCCGAGAUUCGAUCAAAGAUCUCAGACACGCAUACUCUCGAUGUGUCGGCCUACGACCCCGCCGGUCUCGAAAGUUUGGACACUCCUGGGACCUCUCAUGUCGCCACGGUCGAUCACACUGGUAUGGCCGUCUCUUUGACCAGUACCAUCAAUCUUCAUUUUGGUAGCAAAGUCAUGGUUCCCGAGACAGGUAUCAUCAUGAAUGACGAGAUGAAUGACUUUUCCAUACCUAAUACAUCAAAUGAUUUCGGAUACAUUCCCUCUGAAGCCAACUUCAUCCGGCCGGGGAAAAGACCUCUGUCAUCCAUCACACCCGCAAUAGUCACUCGACCAGAUGGCUCUCUACUCUUGGUCACUGGCACCGAAGGGGGCAGCCGAAUCAUCACUGCAACAGUUCAAAACAUCAUCCACGUCAUCGACCAUGGCCUGAGUGCCGCAGAGGCUCUCGCCCAGCCUCGUCUCCAUGAUCAAUUGGUCCCAAACCAAGUCACCUUCGAAUAUGCUUACGAUAAUUCCACUGUCGCUUUCAUGGAGAGUCUCGGGCACAACGUUACGUGGGUUGCUCCUGGACAGAGUGGCUCACACGCAAUCCGUGUUCUUCCUGAUGGAACAUUUGAGGCUGCCGCUGAGCCACGACUGGUGGAUUCGGCCGGUUAUACUGUAUAG